AAACAAUGGAAAAUGUUCGCAAUCAUGUCGAUGUAAAACUUUUGACAAAAUGGGAUGGACGAUACGGUGCAGAGGCAAUGGUCGCUAUGUUAAAUUUUCAUAGCAGGAGCAUCUUUUCAGAAAAUUUAAUUGCCGUUGAAUUGCGAAAACUCGAAGUGAAGUUCAACAAGCCGAUCUAUGUGGGUAUGUGUAUUCUUGACAUAUCUAAGACCUGCUUGUAUGAAUUUCACCAUGAGUACAUGUCACCUCUGUAUCACGAGAAAUGUAAAGUACUGUAUACGGACACAGAUAGCUUAAUUUACCACAUAAUGUCCGAUGAUGUGUAUGAGCUAAUGAAACGUGACAUUGCUAGGUUUGAUACGAGCGAUUAUUCUCAAAAUAACAUAUACGGUAUGCCAUAUACACGAACAAAAAAAUUCCAGGGCUUAUGAAAGAUGAAAAUAACGGAGCUAUAAUGACAGAAUUCGUCGGGCUCAGAGCAAAAAUGUAUGCGCUGAAAGUAGAAGGUAAAAAGGAUACCAAAAGGGCGAAGGGUGUUAAGAGGAAUAUUAUAGCACGAACGAUCAAUUUUGACGAUUACACGCAUUGUUUGAGAGAGGAAGUUGAAACGAGUCGGCGUCAAUCGUACAUAAGAUCCAAGUUGCAUGAGGUAUACACGGUAUUCGAAACGAAAACUGCUCUCAGUCCAUACGAUGAUAAGCGAUUUAUUAUGCCUGAUUCGAUAAAUACAUUACCAUGGGGACAUUAUAGUAUACUAUUAUAACGUUUAUUUGUUUUAUUAGC